ACAGGAAAGGCGUUGUUAGUUUUGAUAGAAACAAAGAAGCGAAACAAGAAAGUGGAAGGCAGCCGGUACAACCGCUCUCUCUCUCUCUCCCUAUCUCAUCUCUUCAGCGUCUGUGUCAGGGACCAAACGCUCACUGUCUCUCACAUUCUCCAGUAACAUUCUUCCUUCUCUUACACUUUAUCUCUCUCUCUCUCUCUCUCUCUCCAUUUCAAAUUGCAGUGUUUAUCACCCAAGUCACCAAACAUCAUUUUUAUCGCCUGCACAACCUGCACGCAUCCCUCUCUCGACGAUUUCGAAGCUUCUUCUUGUUUGGAUCUGCAUUUUCUCCCAACUAGCAUCAUGACUUCGGAGCUAUUGGAAAUCCAGCCCCGGGAACUCAAGUUUACCUUUGAAUUGAAGAAACAAAGCUCGUGUUCAGUUCAACUGGGUAACAGGUCUGAUCAGUAUGUUGCAUUCAAGGUGAAGACUACAUCUCCAAAAAAAUAUUGCGUGCGGCCUAACAUAGGCAUUAUUAAGCCAAAAGCAACUAGUGAAUUCACAGUUACCAUGCAAGCUCAGAAGGUAGCUCCACCUGAUUUUCUGUGCAAAGACAAGUUCCUUAUUCAAAGCACAUAUGUGCCCUUUGGAACAACUGAUGAGGAAAUUACAUCUGGGAUGUUUUCUAAAGAAAGUGGGAAAUACAUUGAUGAGAAGAAGCUGAGGGUGGUUCUCAUUAGUCCACCCCAUUCACCAGUUCUGCUUCCAAAUAAUGGAGAGUUGAAGAAAGAUCCAUCUUAUGAUGCUGCAUUGCACAAAGAUAUAGCACAGAAUGGCAUUGAGAACAUACCUCCACCUCAAAGGUUAGAGGAGGAUGUUGCAGGCUGUCCUGCCAAGGAUAUAGAGGUGUUAAAGGCAGCUAAGGAUGCUGAAUCAAGACAAGCUGAUGAUAAAAUGAACUUGGAAUCAGCAAAGGAGCUAGUGGAACCAAAGUUAAUUAAGGAUUUUGAGGAGUUAAAAUCAAAGCUACAUCUAAUGGAUUCAAAACUAAGAGAGGCUGAUCAUACUAUCACAAAGCUGAUUGAUGAGAGGAGUGCAGCCAUCAGAGAGAAGGAUCUUCUCAAGCAUGAAGUAGAGUUGUUAAGGAGAAAAAGCAUGAAAAGAGUUCAGGUGGGUUUUCCUCUUCUGUAUGUUUGUACGGUUGCUCUCAUCAGUCUGGCAUUUGGAUACCUUCUUCAUCUAUAGGCAGAAGAGGAUCUGAUUGUCAAAAUAGAUUUUUUUUUGGGGUUCAUAUUUGAUGUGUGAUAUAUGCUGUAGUUCUUGAAAUUGUGCAUGUAAAGAGAGCUGAUCUCUUGUAAUAAAAGAACUUAAAGUAACAAAAUUGACAGCUUUAUGGUGAGAAGCUUUGCAUUAUUUCA